AUGGCAGCAAUGAUCACUGUUGACGUUCAAUAUUUUAUAAUCUUAAUCCUCUUAUGUUUCUUCAAAUUCGCAUUAGUCUGUUUUUCUCUUUUCUUCAGAAAACCAACGUAUGGAGUUAAUUUGCCUCCAAGCCCUCCUGCUCUUCCAAUCAUCGGUCAUCUUCACCUUCUCCUCUAUUACUUACCUCAAAAGUAUUCUAUUCUUUACCUAACUUUAAUACUCCACAAGUUUGUACAUACACUCUCCUCCAAAUAUGGACCUCUCCUCUAUCUCCGAGUUUUUAACUUUCCCGUCAUCCUCCUCUCUUCAGCCCCUCUAGCAUACGAGAUCUUCAGGAUCCAUGACGUCAACAUUUCAUCUCGCAACAUCCCUACGAGCGAGUGGUCUCUCCUCUUCGGUACUUCAGGAUUUGUUACAGCACCUUAUGGAGAAUACUAUAAGUUCAUGAAGAAACUCAUUCUUACAAAGAUGUUUGGACCCCAAGCACAAGAACAGACACGAAGCAUUCGCGCAAAUGAGCUACAUAGGUUCUACGGAAACCUGCUUGAUAAGGCGAGGAAGAAGGAGGGCGUUGAGAUUACUAAGGAAGCGAAGAAGCUUGUGGUCAACACUAUUUGCAAGAUGAGCAUGGGAAGGACUUUUACAGAGGAGAACGGUGAGGCAGAGAGUGUCCGACGUAUGGUUACCAAGUCAGAGGGUUCGGAGAAGAUGAUGUUCUUAGCAGUCUUGUUUUUAAAACUACUCGAGAUGCUUGGAAUUUCUAUAUUCAAGAGGGAUAUAUCGGGUGUUUCCCAGAAAUUCGACAAGAUGCUAGAGAGGAUUCUUGUGGAACACGAAAAGAAACCGAACACGGAUGAAUGUAUGGAUAUGAUGGACGUGUUGUUGGCAGUUUAUAAAGACGAAAAGGCAGAGUAUAAAAUAACUAGGAACCACAUCAAGGCGUUUUUUGUGGAACUUUUCUUCGGAGGAUUUGAUACCUCGACGAACACAAUACAGUGGACAAUGGCCGAGAUCAUUGACAACCCUAUUAUUAAUGCGCGAUUGAGAGAGGAAAUUGAUUCAGUUGUAGGGAACUCAAGGUUGAUUCAAGAAACGGAUCUACCUAACCUCCCUUACUUGCAAGCUGUCAUCAAGGAAGCACUAAGAUUACACCCCCCAGCAGCUUUCAUACCAAGGGAGUUUCAAGAAGGAUGUAAGAUAGGAGGGUUCUUUGUACCAGAAAAGACGAACCUUAUCGUUAACCUUUAUUCUGUGAUGAGAGAUCCAAAUUUCUGGGAAGACCCUCUUGAGUUCAAGCCAGAGAGAUUUCUCACUUCCUCAAGAUCAGAGCAAGAAGAGGAGAGAAAAGAGCAAGCAAUGAAGUACCUUCCUUUUGGCGGCGGAAGGAGAGGAUGUCCUGCAUCAAAACUAACUUAUAUGGUAGUAGGAACAACAAUCGGAAUGAUGGUGCAAUGUUUUGACUGGAGAAGCAAAGGAGAGAAGGUCAACAUGGAUGAGUGGUUUGAAGGAUUCAAUCUAACCAUGGCACAUCCUCCUACGUUGACUCCUGUAAAUUACACGUGGUGGUAUCGGAUUGGUGGCCUGAGAGAAACCAUGGGGAGAGCAACGUGGUUCGAAGCCGGCGGGACGAAGAGAGGAGAAUGGACGUAG